AUGCGGCUGCUUGCAACGCUUACCGGAGAACUAGUCCAAGUCAGAUCUCCUGAAGAUGUUCGCUAUGCAAUUCUUUCCCACGUCUGGUCUGAAGACGGCGAGCACACUCCCUUGGACCGAAUGUCGCCCAAAAUACGAGGUGCAUGCGCUUACGCUCUCGCAGAAGGAUUCGAUUUCAUCUGGAUCGACUCUUGCUGUAUGGACAAGACGAGCAGCGCAGAGCUCUCCGAAGCGAUCAAUUCGAUGUACGCCUGGUAUAGCAAAGCGACCGUCUGCUUCGCGUUCCUCCAUGACGUUCCGAUGAUGCAACCCCGGAGUGCGGUGCUCUCCCGGUUCCGCCAAAGUGUUUGGUUCACCCGUGGCUGGACGCUGCAAGAGCUUAUCGCUCCCCGCCGCGUCAUCUUCGUCUCAGCGGAAUGGCGCACCAUAGGCGACAAAUCAGCCCUAUCCGGCAUUAUCGAGGAGAUCACCGGGAUUGAUGGAGACAUCCUACGACAUUCACGCCCUCUCCACUCGGUGAGCGUUGCGCGGCGGAUGUCCUGGGCAGCUCGGAGAGUUACCACGCGCAAAGAGGACGAAGCGUACUCUCUCCUUGGUAUCUUUGGCGUCAAUAUCGCGCCCAUCUAUGGGGAAGGCGAUCGUGCGUUCAUUCGAUUGCAAGAAGAGAUCCUCGCUCGUAUUCCCGACCAGUCAAUCUUUGCCUGGAACCUCCACCUCCCCCUGUCCCUGCACCCACAUUCUCAGACUUUUCAUCAGGCCAGUCUCUUCGCACUAUCCC